CUUAAGACCUUUGGGGAGAAGUGAACGACACAACGUCGGGCAGGAAGAGAACUGGCAGCCGUACCAGGGCAGCCCAGCUGGGGCGGGGCGGCCGCAGGGCGGGCUAUAAAUGGGUCCCGCCGGACCCGGGCGCGCACAGCAGCGGCAGGGCGACUGGCAAGCAGCGGCACGGGCAGCGGAGGCGCGAUGAAGGGCCCGGCGUCGGAGGUGAUCCGCGAGGGCGAGCUGGAGAAGCGGAGCGACAGCCUCUUCCAGCUGUGGAAGAAGAAGCUGGUGGUGCUGAGCAAGGACAGCCUGCGGCUGGUCUCGCCCGAGGGCGGCGGCCGGGCCAAGGCCAAGGAGCUGCGCUUCGGCGCCAUUCAGAAGGUGGACUGCGUGGAGCGCACCGGCAAGUACGUCUACUUCACCAUCGUGACCACGGACCGCAAGGAGAUCGACUUUCGGUGCCCGGGCGAGAGCUGCUGGAACGCCUCCAUCACCAUGGCGCUGAUCGACUUCCAGAACAAGCGCGCCAUCCAGGACUUCAAGAGCCGCCAGGAGGCCGUCGAGCAGGCGGCCGCCGGCACCCGAGACAGGCGCCUGGCCAGGGCCCCCUGAGCAUCGCGCCCGCGCAGAGCCGAAGACCAUAUCUCUGAGUGUUAAAGAAGAUCGAGUGUCUGGACUGGGACAGGGCAUCAGUGAAGGAGAACAAAGGAGGAUGCUGAAAAUGGUUUUAUUUCUUCAGCUCUGAGAAAGACUGCUGAGCACAACAGCCACAUUUCCCUUGAAAAGGCACGUACAAACCAAAGACACUUUUUUGAAAUGACAGAGCCUGGCGAACUGAACAGAAAGAAGGCUCAGUUGGCAAACUAUUAUUUCAUUUUCUAUUUAUGAUUAUGCAAAGACUAUAUUCCACGCCAGCUCAUGGAAUAACCCAUUUAAAUUAUUUUUAGUGUCUAUCUUUUAUAUUUAUUUUGAUGAAUGCUUUUUAAGGAAAGGUCUGUCUUAAAAUUGCUUUUUGCACUAAUGUGUUCAUUCCAAAUAAAUAACUUGAAGUGUU